UGCCCGUUAGGUGGUUGCCUGCGAACGGGCAUUCUAUAAUUCUAAUUUUCAUAAAUCCAAUCACUAAAUUUGUCAAGAAAAUGUUGGAUUAUCAUACAGGAUGGCCAUUUUUCCUGGUGGUUUUAUCAAAACUGGUACUUCUUACAGUAACAUUAGUUUCCAUCUAUUUCCUUCGUCCUGUUUGGUUAAUACUUGCUUGGACAUGGUAAGAUAAUGUAGAUUUCAAAUUUAAUCAAAUAUAUUGAUAUGUUGUUGUAGGUGGAUUGCAACCAAUCUCUUGAGAAUAAUACACCCUUCCGGAAAGUAUGCCACUUUGGCUUUAGUUAGAGCCUCGUUUCUGUGUAUGUGACAUUAGUUAAAGGCUAAUGUCUCAAUCACGAAAAUGAGAUGUAACCAAGGUGACAUACUGUCCAGAAGCGUCAAGCGUGUGUUCAAAGAUGAUAAAGCGGCAGCCAUUGUGGUGCUAAAUUCCAUGAAUUAAUUGUCUGUGCCAGUGUAGGUAGUGCCAAUAAUAUUAACAAGCUUUCGUUGGUAGAGAUGCAACAACCUGAAAAAUAUAAGAACAAUUUGAAUGUUUUGAGCGAAGGCCCUUCGUCUGAGUUACUAGCGCAAAUGGCCUUUGCUCGAAACGUUGAAAUUCUCCUUAUAUUUCUCAGGCAGUUGAAUCCCUACCAAUGAAAGCUUGUUACAGUCAAACCGGAUGUUCUCUUGCGAGCAACAUUGCAAUAUUGCCCCACAAUAUUGCAAUUUUGACAGGCAGAUUGCUCUGAGCAAAUUGCAACCAACGCAAACAAAUUGCAAGUUGGAAAUUCACAAAAGAUUUGUAAACAAAGCUUCUGAUUGGAUUAUAAGAAAGAGGGAAGCCAAUCAAAUAGUCUGAGCAACUGGAUUGGUGCAUCCCUCUUUCUUAUAGUCCAAUCAGAGGCUUUAUUUACAAAUCUUUUGUGAAUUUCAACUUGCAAUUUGUUCGCGUCGGUUGCAAAUUGCUCAGAGCAAUCUGCCUAUCAAAAUUGCAAUAUUGUGGGACUUACAUUUCCAUUUGAUAGGUAUAGAACAUGGCGAGCAGGUUUAAAAAAACACCAUCUUAAGAUCACGGACGAACUACAAAUUGCAUAUUUAGAAAGGAAAGGCAAUAUGGCAAAUAGUGAAGUUUUGCUGUUUGUUCAUGGCUUCACUGGUGACAAAGCAAUCUUUUGUGACGUAGUCCGGUAUUUGCCGACAAAUUAUCAUGUGAUUCUCAUUGAUCUGCCCGGCCAUGGAGAGUCAAAGCCAAAUGAUGAUAAAUCAGAUUACAGACCUUCAGUUUUGGUUGAUUAUGUUCAUAAGGUAAAUUGUGUUGGAUAAUAAGUACCAUUGAAGAAAUCCAAUCUUCCCUUGAUGAGUAAAAUCAUCUGGCAUUAGACAGAGUAAAAUAAUAAAGUAUUAACAGGUUGCAUGGGCAGAUAGUUUGAUUGACCCAUUGAGUGCUGGCACUGUCCCCUUGAUGGUCUUGAUGAGUAAAAUUGUCUCGUAUUAGACUGGGUAAAAUAAUAAAGGUAAGGUACAUUUGGGCAGUUGAUAAGCCAGCAAAUUCUAAAAAAAUGUUUAAUUUAGCUUAGUAAUUAACACUGGAGCAAUAGGGGACAAAUCUUACUGGUGCUGUAGCAAAAACAAUUUAGAACUGGUAGAGCUAUCCUAUAUGUUUCCUUGUGUAGUAAUGUUGGACAUUUACUAAGGGAUGAACCUUAUUUGGACGUCUAGGGAGCAACGUUUGGAACUCAUGGAGCUAUCCAGCAUACCAAGUAAAUAAAUGUAGUUGGGUUUAGUUUGAAAAUGUUUAAAUCUGUUUUUCUUAGUUUGUCAAGGCUUAUGGUUUUGGGGAUAGAAAGUUGUGCAUGAUUGGCUCAUCGAUGGGUGGGGCAAUCGCUGGUAUAUAUGCUGCAAGAUAUAGUGACGAGUCAUUAUCGUCUGUUGUGCUGGUUUGCCCUGCUGGAAUUCAUUCUCCUGAAGUGACUGAAUUUUUGAAGAAGUCUCAUGAUGAUCUUGGCAAGAAUGUGGAAGGGAGUGUUUUGUUACCAAACACCACACAAGAGUUUAAUGACAUGCUACAUUUAGUUAUGUAUCAUAAGAUCAAUAUGCCAUCAAAUAUUGCAAUGGCUUUUCUUGAAUUGAAACAAAUGAAAGCUGAUGUUCAUAAAAAAGGUAAAGUUUUGUGAUGCAGACACCUCUCUAAUAAAGACACCUCUCUAAUACAGACAUCUCUCUAAUACAGACACCUCUCUAAUACAGACACCUCUCUAAUACAGACACCUCUCUAAUACAGACACCUCUCUAAUACAGACACCUCUCUAAUAAAGACAUCUCUCUAAUACAGACACCUCUCUAAUAAAGACACCUCUCUAAUACAGACACCUCUCUAAUGCAGAUAUCUCUCUAAUACAGACACCUCUCUAAUACAGACACCUCUCUAAUACAGACACCUCUCUAAUACAGACACCUCUCUAAUACAGACACCUCUCUAAUACAGACACAUCUCUAAUACAGACACCUAUCUAAUACAGACACCUCUCUAAUAUAGAUACCUCUCUAAUACAGAAACCUCUCUAAUACAGACACCUCUCUAAUACAGACACCUCUCUAAUACAGACACCUCUCUAAUACAACAUCUCUCUAAUACAACAUCUCUCUAAUACAGAAACCUCUCUAAUACCAAAACCUCUCUAAUACAGAAACCUCUCUAAUACAGAAACCUCUCUAAUACAGAAACCUCUCUAAUACAGAAACCUCUCUAAUAUAGACAUCUUUUUAAUAUAGACACCUCUUUAAUACAGACAUCUCUCUAAUACAGACAUCUCUCUAAUAUGAACAGAUGAUAAACUAUUUUCUUCCUUUCUUAGUUAUGAGUGAUAUGAAGAUCGAUGGUGAAUAUUUGAUGUUGGAUAAAGUUCUUGAAGAAAUUCAACAUCCAGUGCUGUGUGUUUGGGGAGAAAAUGACCAGGUCUGAAUUCAACUCGAUAGUUGUGUGCGUUUAUGUGGAAAAUACCAGCCCAGUUUAAGUGAGAUAGAGAGCCAGGUACCCCCCCCCUCUCCACCCUGAUUUAUUUUUAUUAUCAUAACAGGCCUAGAAGAGAAACCAACACUAGUUUUCAAGCGUGGGGAAGUUGGGUAACCUGAGUAAAUCUCUGCCCUUGACCUACGAUAGCAAGCGUGAGGGAGGAUUUCCACUUACAGAGAAAUAUUUUGCUUGAUUUCUUUUCAAUUGUGACCAUCCAAAUAAAUCACUUGACCACUCACAAUUCAAAAGAGAUCGAGCUAAAAAUUUUGACAGCGAUAUUUUUCUUGCAAGUGGAAAUCCAGCAUAAUUCAGGGGGAAGGGGCACUAUGCUGACCAUGCCCCCUGCCCCCCCCCUCCCCGCUUGCCCAUGCUUCCCCUCAACAUUGUUCUUUUCAUAUUGUUUCAGAUUCUACAUGUAUCUGGUAGCAUCGUUAUAAAACAACGUGUGAAAAAUGCAGAGAUUCACGUGUUGGAUAGAUGUGGCCAUGCUGUGACAUUAGACAGACCUAGGAAACUUGUCAAGAUCAUCACUCGUUUCUUGGAAAAAGUUACAACAACAACUUAAUUAUAACAUCUGAAAAUUUUUUGAGAAUUUUUACUUGUGAUUUAAGGAAUUUAUAAUAAGCCCUAGCUCCACAUACGAAGAAAAUUCAACAGAAAUGACUGUUUAAUCAAUGUAUGUACAAUUUAGAUAAAAUUCCUGUCUUGAAUUAUACAGAACCAUUAGCUUUGAUUUUCUUGGAUUACAAUUUGUAAACAUGUUACGUG